AUGCGCUUCUCAGCGGCGCCAAAUGCGGAUGAAUACGUCAACAAGGGCAGCGGAAGAGGCUUUGUCCAGCAGGGCUGUUUGUCGCGCCGGUUCGGGCAACGAGAAGAUGCUCGCCGCCUCUGGGGUCCAACAUCCAGCAUCGGCAUCGGCCAACAGAAGAAUCCAUCUUUGGCAUGUUUGGCGACAUGGGCCGAGACCAACGGGUCGACCAACUGGACUGGCCCAACAACUGAGUUCUGCUACAAAGCAAUUAGCAGUGCGAUUGCUUGGAUGUGGCCGUGCGGGGCACAGCCAAAAAGACGCAUUCACAAAAGUGAGGUUACUACAAGCCGAUGCCUCAGGACUUGGGCGGCCGCAGAAUUUGCCGUGGCUCCGAUGACCUUGUUUGCAUCAUGCUACCAGCUUCUCCGCUGUGAAGUCACGAACACGCUUCAGUUUGGAGAAGUUGCGCUUCAUGCAUACCUGUGCCAAGAACUGUUGAGAGCAGAAGCUCCGAGCACAAGUGAUGGCAGAGUUGUGGCACACAUGUUAUCACAUCGAGAUGGACGGCCUGGCGAAGAGGCCGUAGAUGCCGGCAUGGUAGCAGUGCCCAUUUUCCCUGGACAUGGCAGUGGGCUCUUUGCCGCACUCGGUGUUUGUUGGCCGUCUUUGGUGUCUUGCCAGAGCCUGGAGCUUCUGGCCAGGCCGGCGGCGCGCAACCACCAGCUCCGCUUCUCUCAGGGCGAGGACUUGCUCCGCACUUUAUCGGGGGAGUCGAAGGUGCACACUCCGGACGUUCGGUGCAACUUCGGGGUCGGCCAAACAGCCCUCCGCAGCAAGUCCUGGAAGGAGUCCUGGAAGGACUUGGAGUGGAUCCCCGAAAGCUUCAAGUCUCUUUUUCUGACGCUGUCAAUGCUUGUGGCCACCGAGUUACCACAACUCACAAAUCAAAGCUGGGAGCCAAGAGGCAGCUUGGGAGCCAACAUUUUGGCUGGCGCAGAGACAUGGGCUGGUAGUCGGCUCCGCCACAGCCUUUACCCCACCAAUGGUUCCUGCACAGAACACACCGACUACGGCGUUUUGACUCUCCAGCAAAGCACCGGCCCGGGCCUGGAAGCCUUGAUUGGCGGCGCGUGGCAGUCGAGCAAGGAGAAGCAGCUGAUGUGCAAUGUGCACGGCAGAUCCAACAUCAUCUUUCUCCAGCCCGACAACAACACACUAGUCCAGCCCCUUGCGCUCUACGUUCUCGGGAAUGGACAAGAUCUAGCUGCCGUUCGAUACGGCGACUGGCACAGGAAGAAGACCAGCCUGGCAUUUCGUCAGCCGUGA